ACACAGUAAUUACUUGCAACUUUUUUCCGCACUUCAUGUUCGCAGGGCCUGGAAAAAGAACUGAAAGAAUUAAACAGAGAUUGUCACAGAAGUAAAGCUGAGAUUAUAGCUAUCAUCGCAGAGAGUGAAGGUGUCGAGUACGAUGCAACAAAUGUGCGAAAGUCUUCAAGGAGAAACAACUACGACCUCACUGAGUCAGGAGAACCCCUCUUUGUGGCCAGCCUGGAUGUAUUUUUCACAGACUCGAAUAGCGAGAACAGCUCAAGGGCUAUCUACCAUGUGGACCUCUGCAAUGGAACGGUGGUAGAUGUAGAGCAGCACACGACCACCCACUCACCCAAGUCUCGCCGAUCUCACCAACACCGCGACCAUAAGGGUGGACGCAGUCAGUGGGAGAGGCGGCAACACCGUCGGGGACAACAAGGGAGGAGGUCCAUGCCGUGCAGUAAUGGCGCCCGAGGUGUUGGAGGGAACCUAAAAACAAAGGCCAGACACUACGGAGUCUCUCCCAACUGCUUGGAAGUUUUGGCUGCAUCGAACGGAACUUGUUAUCUGGAGAAUGACUAUAUCUGGGUUGUCGACUUGAAGGGUGGGAUCAAUGAAGACGUGGACGCGGUCGUCAGCUUUCCGUGUUCUAAGGGCUACAAAGACUCAGUCAACGGGGCCUUCUCGCCGGCCCUUGACGCUUUCUACUUUGCUACAGAAGUGGGGAAAAUGUACAGAGAGUGGUACUACUACCACCCACUGACGUCUCCUAUACCCCGGGCCUUCGUCCACUUCGGCAAGGACCUCGACAACGCCUUGUGGGACGGCCAGAACCUCAUCCUCGGAGACGGCGGGAGCGAGACCUUCCCUUACUCUGUCAUUGACGCUGUGUCUCAUGAACUGGCCCAUGGCGUCACGGAGAGAAGUUCAAACCUCGAGUUCAGAAAGCAGUCCGGUGCUAUCAGUGAAUCGUUCUCUGACAUGGCGGGAGAGGCGGCGGAGGUCUAUAUCAAAGGGUCCAAUGACUGGGUUGUAGGCGGUGACCUUCUCAAGAAAACUGGAGACGCUGUCAGGUAG